AUGUCCUGCUUAUUGGUAGUUGGUUUGGUUGUCUUUCUUGUGGUGUACCUGACCCCACAAGAGAAAACGGAGGAAGUACCAGCAGACAAAGAUGCAAACAAGACAAUCAAUCAACCAAUCAUAUAUCCCCCCAUUCAAGAAGACCUUCCAAUUUCCAUUCAGGAAGAAAUUCAGACUGUCCACUCUCCAUCCUACAAAGCCAAUACUUGGAUGUGGAAUGAUCCAUACAGAGACACCUACUCGUUGGAUCGACAGAAGCAGAGAUUUGACAUGGCUUUCCUCUACUACCUUACCAAUGGAGACAACUGGUUUCAAAAUGACCACUGGCUCAGUUAUACCAUGUCAGAGUACAGCAAUCUGCUCAAGAUCAGUCUGGCAAGCAACAACUUGCAGGGCACUAUUUCAAAAAUUGCCGGAUACCUUGGAAAUAUUCGAGUCUUUGAUAUUGAUGACAACAGCUUGCAUGGAAAUGUGCCAACAGGAACUACCAAUGCUGCAAUGGAGGUCUUCAUGUGUCCAACAACAAGUUUUCUGGGAGCCUUGUGGAAGGCGGGGAAGGAUUUGCUUCCUUUGACAUUAGAGUGA